UGUACCUGCACCAUUGAGACGCGAACGUCUUUCUCUCGAUUCCACCCUCCUGUGGCUAGGGGCGCCGUUCUUGGAGUUAUGAAACCCUAUUUGAAAGACAACGUACUGCGAUUCUAGCUGCCUCCGAGAAUGAGUUGAUUACUUCGUCCAUUGCUAGUCGAAACAACACGGGCUCUCGUGGCCGCGGAAGCGCCCGACGAUGGGCAUUGAGCACACAACUUACAUAGCAGGAGACACCGUGUAGCUGCUUGGUUACCUGGUGAAUACGAUGUCAAUGAGCGAGCUGCUUUGGUGGAGGAGUAUGUAUUAUCAGGAAACCAUGUACUUCGGAUGAACUGCACUCACGGCAAUCGGUUACCUGGUAUUCAACGCAUCAGCCAAUACAUCGCCUUUAUAGGUAGUAGGUACCUCGUACGGUAGUUAUUCACUAGAUGUUAGGCAGCUCGUGAAAACUCGAUACUGCUACCGAGGAUUUCCCCUACUAAGGCAACUACUACUAAGGUACUUCGGCUGUCUAAGGUAUGAGCAUGAAAUAGGACUAAAUUGUAGGAUGGCGAUGGCGAAACCUCCCUUGUGGCUGCAACUAUUUAGGCGUCUCGCCUCUCAGUACUUGUGUAAAUCUUCUGCCACUCUGCGUCAGGCAAGCAUAUCUGAUCCCAGAACAACGCGCGGUACAGGCAGGCGGCUGCGAGUCAGCCCCAUGCCACAUGGCAGCACGAAGGAUGUCGUCCUCUCUGCCAGGGGUGCCAGCCGCCCAUGGUUGAUGAGCGGGGUUACCGACCGCAACAUGCUGACCCCCUUUGGGGGCCGAAGAGUGCAGGACCCUUCCGUCUCGACCUUCACCUUGCAGGGUGGCCCCUUAUUGACCAUUUGACAAUGUCCAAGCGUCGAAGAUGAUGGACAGGUCGCCUGCGACACUCGCCCGCCACCUGGGCAAACGUAAGCGCGGGCCGUCUUCAGACGACGACGAACAAGUUGCGACUCAACGACAUCGGACUUCACCCUAUCGGCGUCCCGCUUGUCGCCAAGAAUUUGAGAUUGCCGUCAUAUGCGCCUUGCCUCUCGAAUACGAUGCCGUCUGCCUUCUGUUUGACGAGUUCUGGGACGGCGACCGCGAGUCAUACGGGAGAGCAAGCGGAGACCGCAACUCGUACACGACCGGUCGCAUCAGGAAGCACAAUGUAGUCCUGGUCCUUCUCUACCGAAUGGGCAAGGCGACGGCAGCCGGCGCGGCGGCAAGCAUGCAGUCCAGCUACACCGGCCUCCGUGUGGCAUUUCUCGUGGGCAUUUGCGGCGGCGUUCCUUGUCCGAGGGACAGGGAGGAGAUUGUUCUGGGUGACGUGGUCAUCAGCAAAACAGUCAUUCAGUACGAUUUUGGGCGGCAGUAUCCAGGCCACUUUGCCCGUAAGGAGGCGGCUGGCGAUAUCCUCGGUGGGCAAAGUAAAGACAUUCGCAACAUGUUGGCGUUGCUCGAAACCCGUCGUGGCAGGAGUCGGCUUCAAAGCACGACCGCCAAAUACCUGAAAGAGCUCCAAACCAACGCGAGCAUACAAGAAGUCGGACACACGUAUGCAUACCCUGGAGUGGCCGAGGACAAACUCUACAACGCCACUUACCGACACAAACACCGGAGCCCCUCGCGAUGCGGAUGCUUCCUCGAAAAUCACGAACAGCUCGGGUUGGUUUGCGCCGAGGCGAUAACAUCAUCAUGCGAAGAGUUGGGUUGCGACGCUUCCUAUCUGGUUACCAGAGGACGGCUUUGCGCAAGCACAUCCCAAGAACGUGACAGCGCAUACUCGUCAAGAGAUCCGGCUAUACACGUCGGGCCUGUCGCGUCUGGCGACGCAGUCAUGAAAUCCGGCGAGGACCGUGAUAGAAUCGCUGCCAACGAUGGCGUUAUCGCAUUCGAGAUGGAGGGCGCGGGUGCAUGGGAGGAGGUGCCCAGCGUUGUCAUCAAAGGUGUAUGCGACUACGCUGAUUGCCAUAAGCACAAGAGGUGGCAAAGGUUUGCAGCAGCGACGGCAGCCUCAGCUAUGAAGGGCCUUUUAAAUCUCUGGGUAUACCGAGAUGAUGCGCCGAGGUCAGGACGACUUGCUGAUUCUUGGCCCAAUGCGACACCAGGCGAUGCUGAAGCCCGAGUAAGGGUACGCGACCACCACGUCAUUGUCACCCUCGAGAGAGCCAGUCAGAUCACACAUGUCAUACCAUGGACGAGUCACGGGCCCAGAGAUCAGCCAUCGUUUCAUCGUGUAACAGUCAUCGACGCGCGCGGAAUGCCACUGCCGUUCUACUUGGAAACGGUAACAUCGAAACAAUUAUUCACCCACAUUCUUAAGGAAAGGUUUGGGGAUCUAGGGACUGGAAAGAUUGAUCGGAAUGAGUGGAUGCUCGAAGACAGGGAUACGGGACAAAUCCUCGAUCUCUCAGCACCAUGGCUCUCGCUUUUCAAGCCCAAUCAGGUGCUUUUUAUGACCAUGAUAUUUCGACGACGUAAAACGCCGUCGACACGAUGCCCUUCAUGUUCUUUCAGCAACUAUGGGACUACAGACACAGAAACGCAGUGCAAACGAUGCGGUUUAUUCUACCAGAGGGUCCAGGAAGUACAAAAGUACGAAGUUUUCGACAGGGAGCGCUCCACUAGUCCACCACCUGUCCCGACAAACAUACCCCCUGAGGCGACUGGGCCGCAGAAACCACAGCAUUACACUGCGGAAGACGACAUCAGCCAGUACAGGCGCGUGUCAGUCAUUGACACAACUUUCCAGAUUGAUAAAGCCAGCUGCCAGAACGGAACAGCUAGCCCGCGGAUGUUGCUGACAGCGAAGGACCUGCAUGAGGUCGAGGCCCUCGCACGGCGCCUCGCGCUUGUAUCAGGCCUGUCCGUGUCAGACUGCUCAGCACUGCUUCAAGAUUAUGAGCUCACCCUCUCCUCCAUACGGGAUGAAUUCGAGGCGGUGCAUCAAGCGUCGCUCGCGCCAGAAUCUCGCGAGGAUUAUGAUGAGCACCGUAGACCAUCAUCGGCUGAAAGGAUGGUCAUUCCACCGAAUACGGCCCUUGGUGAGGGCCCUAGGUUCGACUUUCCCAAGCUCUCCCAGACGCUAGAAGGGUCCAACGCCCAAUUCAGAUCCUUACUAGAGAUGACCGACCGAAGCAACCGCAUGACGCCGCCCAUGCGCGACAGCCUCCCGCCAACGCUGCGCCGUCGCGACGUCACCGGCGACGCCCCUCUGUCUGGAACGGCCCCGUGGAGCUCGUUCCGACCGCCUCUGCCAAUCUACCUAUCCUCCGCUGCCUACAUCAACUCGUUCGCUAGCGAGAGCCCCAGCCCAUGGUCCGGACUCAUGAACGCCGUGCUCGAGAGAGACGUCCCCCCGCCGCCACUACCCCCGCCGCGGGUGAUGCCCUUUACCCGCCUCACAACAACAAACACGCACACCGGCCAGCCCGAGCAGGGCACACGUCGCGGAAGGCCCCCGAAUAGUCGUGGUGAUGGGGGCUACCACCCGGCACCUGAGUCAAGCGCGUCAAACGCCACGGGUCAAGGACGGCUCUUCGCAAGCUCGACGGCCAACGAGCCGCUCGGGAGCGAUGCAGAGCACGGAGCGGAAAGGCCCCUUUUUUUGCGGCAUGGGCCUUUAUUCUCCAGCGCCGCGGACUUCCACGCGGGAAGUACCCUGCAGAGGCUUGACCCGUCGCGUGCGGCGCGCGGCCGCCGCUCGGAUAUUUGAACAGUGCCGCUACGGAGGCAGGUUGGCGAUAUGUGCCACGCGAGACGGCCACGAGGCGCUCAUUAGCCCAGACACUCGAAGUAGACAGUCACUAGCUAGGAUUAUCAAUGGACGACUGUACUCUCGCGCGCUCAGCUAAGAUCCCCGAGGUUAGGCGAGCCGGCAAGCUGGCAUUGAAGACGGC